AUUUAUCCGAUAGCCAACUUUGAGCAGUUAUAUCUCCGGAUUCAAUGAACCGAACGCAAUGAAAUUUUGACCAUUUAUGACUUAUAUAAUGAGCUUUGAAAAACUUUUGAUUUAACUUAAAAUUCUUAACACGGAAGAAAAUUAUAACGAUUAGAUUAUUUUUUUUAAUAAAACGCCAAAUUUUCUUAAAUUUCAACAUCGUUUCAAAAUUCAAGAUGUUAAUUAUAGUUUAUUUGUAUUCCCUCUAAUUGUCUUGAAUAUAAAUAUGUUUUGAAAGAAAGUAACAACAUAGCCGGCAAUUCAUUGAAAAAAUUAUGGGAUGCAUAUUAAAAAUAGACCAAUUUACUAAAAAAUCAUAAAAUAAAUGAAAUUGCUAUAACUUUUUCUCUUGUUAAUAAUUUCAAGUUAUGUCAAAUGUUUUUCAGAGCACAUUAUAUAAGUCAUAAAUGGUCAAAAUUUCAUUGCAUUUGGUUCAUUGAAUCCGGAGAUAUAACAGCUCAAAGUUGGCUAUCGGAUAAAUGUACCUUUUUCUAGAAUCUUUAUAACUUCGUGCAUAAUAGCUCGAUCUUCCCCAAAUUCUGUCCACUGAUACACAACAAGUUGAGGAACUUACAGUAAAAAAUUGAGAAUAUUGGAUGCACUUUUCGGAAAGAUACAGCUAUUUGAAUAUUUUUUGAGGUGGGAAAAUUUUGCCUCUCCCUAUUAUUUUGUCUAUCCCCUGUAUAUCAUAAUAUAAAUUUAAUGGUAUAAGCAUUUUCUAAUUUUCUAAUUAUACUUGGGCUAAUGGGCUUAUGGAUACUUCAAUAGAUUUUCUGUGUGUUUGAGGGAUUUUUUUUUUCAAAAACAUCGGCAUAUCAAUGCUUGGAAAAUAUUAUGAUGAUAAAAUUAUCUUACUAGGUUGACAUUGAAGAAACAUGUUUUAGUCGUUUGUAACAAAAAAUUUUCGCUUUUAGCUCUCUGGACGCCUGUCAGAAUGCCGAUCCACAGUCAAAAACAGUACCGUUUUGGAACUAUUUCAUCUUAAAGUACCAAUUCUUCAUUCUAUAUUUCCUGGCCGGUUUGAAGAAGAUGUGCCCUGAAUGGCUCUCCGGCUAUGCCAUGACUAAUUUGAGCUACCAUUGGGUAUUUCUUCCAUUCAGAUUGCUGAUUGGUCCGCAGCUUACUGAUCUGCUGAUAAUUCACUGGUUCGGUUGCAUCUUCGACACUUCGGUCGUGUUUUUCCUGGUGUAUGCCCCGACUCGUAAAGUAGCUACACUUUUUGCAUGUGCAUUCCAUCUGAUGAACUCGCGACUGUUUCAUAUCGGAAUGUUUCCUUGGGUAUGUCUAACGCAACUUCCUCUGUACUACAGCGUCAGUUGGCCUCGGUUGGUAUGGAAAAAGUUAUCUUGCGGCAGCAGUGGUAAAAGUGACGAUAAGCCAAAGAAAAUAUCGAAAAACGACAAACAGAAAAGUGUAUCUGUCCCGUCCAGUCGUAAGAAGUUUACCACGACAGCCAUGCUUUUCUACUGCGGAUUACAACUCUUCCUACCAUAUUCUCACUUCAUUACCAAGGGGUACAAUAACUGGACUAAUGGAUUGUACGGAUAUUCCUGGGAUAUGAUGGUACACGCUUGGGAUACCGUACUUACAUCCAUUAAAGUGGUAGACAACCACCAGAACCAUACCCUCUACCUACUGCCCUAUGCCUUUGUGGACAAUGAUCGAUGGACCAAGCAUGCUGAUAUGGCUCAUCAGUUCGCUCACUGCAUAGACCGAAACAUUCGCGCAGAGUACAGAGAGGAUCACCGGCCAUUCACUAACUUCUCCGUUUACUUCGACAUAUGGUGUAGUAUGAAUGGUCGCUUUCUACAGCGUAUCUUCAAUCCUGAAGUGGACAUAUUGACUGCUAGGUGGUCCCCUUUUGAACCAGUUGAUUGGCUACUACCUCUACUUCACGAACUCACUGAGAUGCGUUCGAUGAUUGACAAAAUGACCCACGAGGUACACUCAUGGAGUAACACCUCCGAUGUUCUGUUUGUUGCUGAUUUUCCUGGUUUGACCCUAGAUAACUACAUAGUUCCCGAUAUGGACAACGUAACAUUAACCAUACUGGAAGGAAGUGUGAAAUAUUGGCAUUCAACUGACACCAAGACAAAACAUCUCCGAAAAGGUCAAAGCCUUCCAAAUAUCCCACCAAUGUUCCACCAUGUGAUAACCACAAGCGCAUCGCCCUCAUCCAUGCUCUACACGUACGUGAACAAAACGAUGAAGGCUGCUCCCACCGAGGACGAACUGGCCGAGCGAAGACAAUCGAAACCGAUUCUUCCGUUGUGGAAAGAGUUCAACGGUAGGCUCGAAAACUACGUGAGAUUCUUUCAACACGUGGGUAAUUCGUUGCUGUAUGAAAUAUAUGGGGUUCCAAUGCCCCGGAGAGUGAGAAUUUCUCCGGAUGAAACCACAUGGACGGCAGAGUAAAAUAAAAUUGAUUACAACC